AUGCCCAUCUUACACUUCAGAAUGCCUGCGUAUGCCAGAGGCCUCCUAGUCUUCGCCCUCGCCCGAAAGGACAGCCUCAACCGUAACCAGUACAUGCUCGUCCUUGCCGAGCCGUACGGUAUGGCCGAUGACCGCAGAGUCGCCACUCUCAAUUGUUCCACUUCAGCCAACGAAGCAGACGCACCCGCAUCGUCUCCCUCAGAACAUCCAGUGAUUUGGUUCGACUGCGACGUCGAUCGAGAUCCCCUCGUUACUGAGCCCAAGGGCGGUGUAUACAAUGCAAUGCUCCAGGCAGACCCGCCGGUCAUACGUCCAACCGGGCGCACGCGCAAGAUGGUCGCGGAACCUGGCGGUGUGCAAGUGGCGCACGAGGUCGAGAUCUUGCCUGGAGAGGACGAGCUGUCGCACAUGUGCUGCUAUUGCGGACAGAGCGAGCUCCUCGGACCGACGCGCUUCAAGCGCUGUGACCGGGAUACUGCGCGACCGCAGUAUUGGUGCUCGACGUGUGAGCAUCAAUCUACGCUGACGAGACUCUUCUCGUGGGCGGUGAGGCGUUAUUGGCUUGGUGGACUGGAAUGA